AUGGGCGCAAACAAUUCCAAUGCAACAUUGCCGGCAGAGCGCUUUGCGAAAGGAGUGCCAGAAGCCUUGGACUGGACAUCGUUGAUGGGUGUGCUCUUCCAGCCUUCUCACAAGGCUGUUCUUUUGUACACCUCGGAUCAACAAGGGCCUGGUCCUGCGCCACACCUACCGAGAAAGGAGGUCCUAGCCCUCCGGAGUGAGCCUUCGGGGCCAGCACAGGAGAGGGGUCUGCUUCCUGUGGGCAUGGUUUCCCAGAAAGGCAGCAAGCUGCAGCCCAACCAAGACUCUGCUUUCUACUUUCAUUUUGUGGAUUCAGACGGAUCUCCGAUAUGGUGUGCCUGCGUCUUGGAUGGCCAUGGACCGUUGGGUCAUGAGAUGUCAGCACUGGGCAUGCAGUGGCUGCCUUUGCUGAUCCUGAGGGAGCCACUGCUGGCGACUGACGCAGGACGAUUGAUUCCUUCUGAUCCGCAGACGGUGUUCUCCGCAAUCCAAGCGGCUUUCCAGAAGAUUGGGCAGCUGAUGCAGAAAGCUUCCGAAACCGGCUGGGGCCCGCGUGGUUACAGCGGCGCUACCUGCACGUUGGCCUUUUGUGCGCAUGGGCUGCUGCACACUGCAAACGUGGGUGACUCGCGGAUGAUUCUGGGAACGCUUCCUGUGGGCGCGAGCACGAGGCAGGGAGAGUCGGGCGAGUUGAAGGCCGACUGUCGCAUUCUUACGCGUGACCACAAGCCGGAAGACCCGGACGAGCGAUUGCGUAUCGAACAGUUGGGUGGCAUUGUCGCACGCCAGAGAGUUUAUUUAGACGAGUGGCCGUAUGUCGGACUGAACAUGUCUAGGAGCUUGGGAGAUGCAAAGCUGCAUGCCGUCGGCGUCUCCCACGUACCUGACGUUGCUACGGUUUUCCUGGAGAGUGCAGGGAGCCAGCAGCCGGAGAACGGCUUGAAGCAGCAGUUUUUGGUUGCUGCCUCCGAUGGCGUCUGGGAUUUCACCCCGUGUGAUGAGGCGGCGGAGCUCGUGGGCAGACAGCUUCAAACAACGCAGGUGACGCGUGGAGGCAACCUGGAUCAAGUGAGCUGCGCACUGGUCCGGCAUGCGCAGAGCGCAUGGGAAGCCGAAUGUCCUGACUUGGAUGACAUUACUGUCAUCGUGGCAAAGGCCCUGGUAGGCUCAGUGCACCCAUCGCCAGAGAGGCUUUGGGUAGGGCCCGAGCUAAGCGAUCGACAGCUCGGCCAGCACGGCCUCACCCACACGCUGACGGCCUGCCCCGGCGUGCCGCCCAACUCCCUCGUGGAGCUGAGGUCAUUUGGCCAACGUCUUUGGGUGCGCACUCCGCUCGAGGACUGGGAACCUGGUACUGCCCUUACCACGUGGUAUGAAGUCGGCGAGGUGUUCCCGCUCUCCGGCAUCCAGGUGGAGCCUUUGCCGCCGAGCUUCUUCACCUGCUCCUGCUUGGGCUGGGGUGCCUCUAUUUUUUUCACCCUGGCAUUCUGCACGGCUCUGUGCGUGCUGCCCUAUGUGCUGCUGCCACCCCUUGGCCUUGCACUGCUUAGUUUUGUGCCAGUGCUGGUCUUUGGAUCUUUCGUUCAAGUCUACUUCCAGAAAUCCGUAAAGCUGUCCCAAAUGGCAAUCUCCUUCUUCGAAGCGAUUGCUUGGCUGAUUCCCCUCGUUAGCAUAAUUUUGAUCAUCUACUUCCCACUUGGAUGGCGAGAUUGGGUUAGCGACUGCGAAGAAGUAGCAGCAGCAUCUUUGUCUUCGGAGGUUGAGGUGGAUUGCCUCGGCAAGCGUGCUAUCCAGGCGUACCUGAUGACGGCUUUUCUCGAGGAACUUCUGAAGUAUGUCUGCGUUCGUCGCAUCCUCUGGUUUCCGUUUGUUGCCGACCCUAUGGCUCUGUGUUGCUAUGGUGGCUGCGCAGGUCUUGGCUUCGCGGCAUUGGAGAAUGUCUUGUAUGUGGGCACAGGCAGCCUUGCUACAGCUUUUCUGCGAGCGGGGACGGCCGUGCCAAACCACUUGAUUUAUGGUCUACUGCAUGGUGCCUUCCUCUCGGAGCAGCGGUUUUCGUUAAAGCAACGCUGCUGCCCGUCCUUUAUCUUAACCCCGAUGCUGCCUAUGAUAUUGCAUGGCAGCCACAACUUUUCCAUCGCCGUGCACCUUGGCCUCAAUGACAACAGGUGUCAGUACAUAGACCUGCGGCUUGGCCUCGCCGCGAUGCUUCUAGUCGCCUUGUCUGCGGUUUCCACUCUGCGCGCGGCCUUGAUUCGGCUGCAGUGGCUACAGUUCCCCGAGCUGAAUGUCCACGAGCUAAUCAAAGCAGGAUUGGUCGAUGCCCCGAAUGGCUGUUGUUGCUGUCAAGGUGUUUGUGGCUGGGCACCGAAGACAAUCCCUCCCUUUUUGAUUCCAGUGGAGUCGCAAGCCGGAGGGGUUCUGGAGCCUACUGUCGGUGAGGCCACACAAGUUCGAGGAGUUGGCACUGGCACCUUCGAAGCCACGGCAGACGAGCAGUGUCUGGUGGUUAGUUCGCUGUGCGCGUGCACAGCGGGCAAGUGGUAUUUCGAGACUGUCAUUGGGCCGCAGACGUCGAGCUAUCGGAUAGGUGUACUGCAGCUGGAGUCAGGCCUGACCCAUCAGCCUGGAGGUCAUGAGGCCAGUUGGGCCUUCGCUGCAGACGGCAUAUGGCACGGAGGAAAACUGGUGCAGCAAAGGACUGUUCCGGGACAUGCAAUUCUCGGUGUGCUGCUGAACUUGGAUGAUGGGCUGCUAGCAUUCACAGUCGAUGGAGUCGCCACAGAACAGGUCUCCAUCGAUGCCAGCGCAGCCUGGCUGCCCGCCUGGGGUUUUGCCGGCACGCUGGGUAUCCGUUUGGAUGGACGAUUUGCCUUUGACCCACCGUCUGGAUUCUUGCCGAUUCGAAGUGCCGGAUUGCAGGAUGGGAAAGCAUUGCCGCAAGUUGUUGGAAUUUUGCUGUCUGACAGCCAAAGCGAGCUGUAA